AUGUGUUUCACUCCCACUACCGCCAUGUGCAAAAGCACCAAGCGCACCUUCUCCUCCAUCUCCGACGAAGACUCUUCUUCCCAGGGAGCUACCAAACGCACCUGCCUUCCAACUGACAACGCCAGCCAUCUUGGUCCUCUCGCUCUCAACUCCCCUCCCAAGUUUGCUCCCAUGCGUCCCCUCCCCUCCAUCUGGCCUUGGAACUUGGACACUGACAACGACGCAGACGCUCCGCUCCCUCCUCCUCCUUCUAUCACCAGCCGCAUCCCGCCGUUCCACACCCACAGCUCUUCGCACUGUGGAAACCAUGCCCGCGAGCAUUCCUUCCCGUCUGUGUCUUCGUCAGGCAAGAAGCUCAACAAGAGCACAAGAGUAGGUACUCUUUGCUCCUUCUGCUUUGGUCCGUACAAGCAGGGUGAUCUCCACCAGCUUCCUUGCGGACACUUCACUUGUUUGUCUUGUCUCGAGGAGAGGGUUAGACAGAUCCCGAGCUACAUGGCCGUUAACGCUCAGCAGAUCAACGAGACUGUAGCCAAGCUGCGCGAUAUCAUGGAGUAUCUCGGUACCGUUACCGAGACUGAUCCUCUGGCUGAUACGGUCAGACAAUACUGGGUCGAUGAGUUCGGCACCCUCCGCCAAGAUCUGGCGAUGCUGACGAAUUUGUCUUGCCAGUAUUGUCUGGUGCAUAUCCAGCCGUCGCGGUCCAUGACUUGUCUGUCGCCCGAGAUGUCCAAGGUGUUGUGGUUGACCGAGGAGUGGUUAGUUGAUGAAGAUAGGAUGGUCUGUGGAUGGCCGGAUUGUAGGGGGUACAUCCCUAGUUGGUGUACCUACCUCUUUGUUGGGGAGAAGGAGGUAAGUGACCCGGAGGUUGCGGACGGGAGGCGGUGGUGGUGCCCGAACUGCAAGGGCAACUCGUUUGAGGCUGAGGAGGGGAUGAACCCGGGGAGGUAA